UCUUACCACACACUAGCCGGUGACCUUCCCUCUCCCAAGGGCUGGGUUGGGGACCCCAACUCUCCCGGCCGUGUCGAGCUCUGGCUGGUGGCUGGGUCUCCAGUCAUCUCCCCCUCCCUCCCCAUGCCCUGCCCUGGCACUGACGCCCCCUCUUCCUCCCACAGGCCUGCCCCUCGCCAUGGCCCUGCCCCGCACCCUGGGCGAGCUGCAGCUGUACCGGGUGCUGCAGCGGGCCAACCUGCUCUCCUACUACGAGACCUUCAUCCAGCAGGGCGGGGACGACGUGCAGCAGCUGUGUGAGGCGGGCGAGGAAGAGUUCCUGGAGAUCAUGGCGCUGGUCGGCAUGGCCACCAAGCCCCUGCACGUCCGGCGCCUCCAGAAGGCCCUGCGGGAGUGGGCCGCCAACCCUGGCCUCUUCAGCCAGCCCAUGGCCUCCCUGCCCGUCAGCAGCAUCCCCCUCUUCAAGAUCUCCGAGAGCGGCGGGCGCAAGUCGCUCAGCAACGGGCACGCCAGCCCUGGCGAGGCCCCGGGCAAGGCCACGCCGCCCGCCUGCAGCCCCUCGGAGCCGGGGGAGAAGCUCUCCCCCCUGCCCACCCCCCAGUGGCCAGGGCGGAGCACCCCGGAGUCGGAGGGGGGCGGCGCAGAGGAGGACGGGGGGCCGCCCCCCUUCUCGCCAGGGGCAGGCGGGGAUCCGGCCCCGGAGCAGCUGGACCCGGAGCUGGCGAGGACGGUGGCGGAGAGCGUGGAGCGGCUCCUGCAGAGCUGCCCGCGGGGGGGCGAGCCCGGGCUGCGCACCCUGAUGAAACUCAACAAGAAGCUGGCCAAGGCGGUGGGGCACAUCUUCCAGCUGGACGACGGGGACCGGCGCAAGGAGGAGGAGAUCCGGCGGCACAGCGCCAUCUACGGGCGGGGCGAGGCCCGGCGCCGCGACGGCAAGCCGCUCACGCUGCACGAGCUCACCAUCAACGAGGCGGCCGCGCAGUUCUGCCUGCGCGACCACACUCUGCUGCUGCGCCGGGUGGAGCUGUUCUCCCUGUCGCGCCAGGUGGCCCGGGAAAGCACCUACCUGUCCUCGCUCAAGGGAGCCAGGUCGCAUCCGGACGAGAGCGGAGCCGUGCAGCCCAAAAAGCUGAAGCAGGAGGUGGGUGAGCAGAGCCGCCCUGAGCCCCUGCAGCUGCCGGGGGGGUCGGAGUCCUACGCCCCCCCGUACAGAGCCAGCCUGGAGGAGGACACGGCCAGCCUGUCGGGAGAGAGCCUGGAUGGGCAUCUGCAGGCCGUCAGCUCCUGCCCCCGCCUCACGCCGCCCCCCAGCACCGCCCCCGACCUGCCCCUCAGCCUCCCCCCCCACGGGCUCUGGAGCCGCCACAUCCUGCAGCAGACGCUGAUGGACGAGGGGCUGCGCCUGGCCCGGCUGGUGUCCCACGAGCGUGUCGGGCGCCUCAGCCCCUGCCUGCCAGAGUUCGAGGACGGGCUGGCAGAGGGGGCCCCCCCAGCCCAGGCCGAGUCCCACCGGAGCAGUGUCAAGGUGGAGCAGGAGACCAGCCGGCAGUGAGCUGCCGAAGCCCCCCGGGUUGGGGGGUGGGGCCCACGGCAGCUCCCCCGUCUCCACUAACAAGCAAUAACCACAGGACUGGAAGGCCCCCCCAUGAUCUCUCCUGGAGCUGGAGCCCCCCCCCUCUCCGUGUGCUCCCCAGAGAGCCAGGCCCAGGGGCACCGGGAGGCUGGGCAGCAAGCAGGCCAUGCCCAGGGCACAGGGACAGUGCCAGCAGGGAGGGCACAGCGCCGUGAAUGUAACCGGCUGGGCAGAGUCCGACUGCCCCCCCUCCAGAACCCACCCUGGCCCCCUGCACUCGCAGCUGGCUGCUCUAGCCCCAGGUCUCCCCCCAGCUGGGGUGAUAGGAAGUGUAACUCUUCAGUUCCAGGAGGUUUUAAGGGGGGGUGACAUUCAUUUCCCCCCGGAGAGACAGGGAGAAGAAAGGAGCUGGGGGGGGGAACCCCAGGAAGAGGGAAGGGCUCUUGCAGGCAAAGCACAAGAAUGGGGGGGCUGAAAGGGCCUGGGAGGGCUGAAGGGGCCAGGGGGUGAUCCCGGGGGGCCUAGGAGAAGGAUUCUGAGUUCAGAGGGUCUGGCCCAGCC